GGGUAUAACACAAUUGAAUGGCUGAAGUUGAAGCUAGACAACUUCAGACUGGAAAUAAGAUGUAUAUUUUUAACAGGGCAGGUAAUUGUUACAAUGGUUAGUGUCGAUUCUCCUUCACUGACAACUUUUAAAUAAAAUUGGAUGCUUUUCUGAAAGGUAUGCUCUAGGAAUCUUAUCGACAUUGCCUUGCCUUGCCUAUGUUAUACAGGAGGUUAGACUAGAUGAUCACAGUGGUCCCUUUGGUCUUGGAAUCUAUGAAUGUGUGGGGUGUAUUAAACUUCAAUCCGGAUGCAGCUGAUUUCAUUCCCAGAGAGAGAGAGACUCCUGAUGUAAAUUGGAGAAGUCUGAGUAGAUUAGAAUCCAAUAGGAAUCAGAACAGAAAUGAUACUCUACCACUUCCUAGUCAGUCUUCUGAUAGAGGCACAGACUAUGAGAGCUCUUCCACAAAGCAACCCAGCUUUUAUAGUUCAGAAAGCCAGUACUGUAGCCAGCAAGAUUUUCUCCAGCAUGGUGGUAUCAGUAAACCUCAUAAGAAUCAUAGUUUUCAGAGUCAGCGAUGGCAGAGAUCUAGAAGUGAUAGGACAUAUACUAGAAACCGGAUAAGGCAAUCAUCUACUGAUGGUACAAAAGACAUGACAGUUUUAGAUACCACAUUAGUACCAAGGUGGAGAGUCAAUCCUAAAGAAUACAAUGACUUUUGCUCUUCAGAGAGUGACAAGGAGGUAUCCGGUGCAGAUAAUAGAGGGGCAAAACCAAAGAAAACACAUUUGAUGCCUGCACCUGGAAGAGGUCUCAAAGAGAAGGGGAAGCAAUUACAUGAGCGGGAUAAGAGAGUGACAUCUAAACAGAAGGAUAUGUUAAAAAACAUACAAUCUCUGGAUCUGACUCAGUCUGACUCUUCAGAAGCAUCUGUUGCCAAAGCAUUGUUCGAUGGAUAUGCUGGCAAUAGUGAUGAACAAAAAAGAUAUCCAUUUGCGAACAAGAAAUACCCCAGGAAGUCCAUGUGGAGUAAACCCCAGUUUGGUAAAGAAAUCCAGAAAAAACAAGAUACUCACCGCAGUAAAAAUACAAAAGAAGUUAAGAAGCCUCCUCUUACUUACGCUCCAAAAGAUAAAAUUAGCGAGAGGAGCAAAGAAUCAGGUGUUCACAACAAUGAUCAAAACUUGACCAGCAUAACACAAGCUCACCAAUUAAGGGAAUCAGUCAAAUGUGGUGGAAGACAGCUUCACCUACAGGUGGGACACACAGCCUCCCUUCAUUGCAAUUGGACUCAAUAUUGGAAAAAGCAGAGUGAUGUACCAAGGAACAAGGAAACUCAUACAGGUUCUCUGAUAGAGCAGCUGACCACAGAGAAAUAUGAGUGUAUGGUAUGCUGUGAGGUGAUCCGAACAAUAGCCCCAGUAUGGAGCUGUCAGAAUUGUUAUCAUGUGUUUCAUCUGAACUGCAUUAAGAAGUGGGCAAGAUCACCAGCAUCGCAAGCCGAAGAUGGUAAUAGUGGCUGGAGAUGUCCUGCUUGUCAAAAUGCUUCAACACAAGUUCCUACUACUUAUACCUGUUUUUGUGGUAAGGUAAACAACCCUGAAUGGAAUAGAAAUGAAAUUCCACAUAGCUGUGGAGAGCUUUGUAGAAAAAGAAGACCAGGUCAGGACUGUCCCCACUCUUGUAAUAUCCUCUGCCAUCCAGGUCCUUGCCCAUCAUGCCCUGCCUUUAUGACAAAAACAUGUGAAUGUGGGCGAACAAGUCAUUCAGUUCGCUGCGGCCAAUCCACCACAAUUCAUUGUUCUAAUGUAUGUGGGAAUACUUUAAAUUGUGGUAGGCAUAACUGUGCCCAGGUGUGCCAUGUGGGAAAAUGUCAUCCUUGCCAGCUUACAGUACAGCAAGUCUGCUACUGUGGAAGUACCUUUCGAGAUGUAUUGUGUGGAACAAAUGAAGAGUUUUCUGAUGGAUUUGGAAAGUUCUCCUGCCAGAAGACAUGUGACAAAAAAUUAAAUUGUGGAAGGCACAGCUGUAUGCAGAUAUGUCAUCCUGAGCCCUGCCAACUUUGUCCACGACUUCCCCAAGUAGUGCACUCCUGUCCUUGUGGGCAGACUCCUCUUAGCAAAUUACUAAAACUAGGAUGUAUUGAGCGUAAACUGUGCACGGAUCCCAUCCCAUCGUGUGGAAAAACAUGUGGCAAACCUCUACCUUGUGGUAGCCGUGAUUUCAUUCAUACAUGUGAAAAUCUUUGCCAUGAAGGAGAAUGUGGACCCUGCUCUCGUACAUCAAAUAUUUACUGUAGGUGUUCCUUCAAAACAAAGGAAGUCCCAUGUGCCCUCCUCAAAAAUAAAGCUGAUAUUACAUUUAUGUGUGACAAGCGAUGUAACAAGAAACGGUCAUGUGGACGACACAAGUGUAAUGAAAUUUGCUGUGUGGACAAAGAACAUAAGUGUCCCUUGGUUUGUGGACGCAAACUCAAUUGUAGCCUUCAUAGAUGUGAAGAACCUUGUCACCGUGGCAACUGUCAAACAUGCUGGCAGACAAGUUUUGAUGAACUAACUUGUUACUGUGGUGAGUCGGUAAUUUAUCCUCCUGUUCCUUGUGGUACUCAGCCACCAGAAUGUAAAAACUCAUGUACCAGACCACAUGAAUGUGAUCAUCCAGUGUACCAUACCUGCCAUAGUGAAGAGAAGUGCCCACCCUGUACAUACCUCACUCAAAAAUGGUGUAUGGGCAAGCAUGAACUGCGGAACAAUAUUCCCUGUCAUCUCGCUGACAUCUCUUGUGGUCUUCGCUGCAAUCAAAUGUUAAAAUGUGGAAUGCACAAAUGUAAAAGGAUUUGUCACAAAGGGGUGUGUCUCAUAAAUGAAGAGUGCAAACAGCCAUGUACUAGUCUGAGACUAUACUGUAAUCAUCCCUGUAUGGCUCCGUGCCAUCCAUCUUUACCUUGUCCUACAACUUCUUGCAACACAAAGGUUGAUCUUCAGUGUGAAUGUGGAAGAAGAAAGGAGAGUAUGAUUUGCUCAGAAGCAUCUAGUACAUAUCAAAGAAUAGCUGCUAUAUCCAUAGCCACUAAACUAACAGACCUGCAACUUGGAGACUCAGUGGAAAUCAGUAGGCUGAUUACCAAAAAAGAAAUGAAGCAAACAAGGUUGCAGUGUAAUGAAGAGUGUUUCGCCCUUGAAAGGAACAGACGCUUUGCUGAAGCUCUCCAUAUCCGUGAUAAUUCUGAUCCUUUUAAUAUCCGUUCUUCUGGAUCAAAGUACAGUGAUAAUUUAAAAGAAGAUGCAAGGAAAGAUUUAAAGUUUGUCAGUGAUAUUGAGAAGGAAAUGAGAACACUCGUGGAAGCUGUAAAUAAGGGCAAGCAUUCAAAAAAGAGUCACUGUUAUCCACCCAUGAACAGAGAUCACCGCAGAAUCAUCCAUGAGUUAGCUCAAAUUUAUGGCAUUGAGAGUGUGAGCUAUGACAAUGAACCAAAGCGUAAUGUUGUUAUCACUGCAGUGAAGAAUAAUGGAAACAGUGGCUUGCAGAAAACAUUAAAAGUGGAGCCAGUGAUUGACUACUUUGAUGUCCAAGACUGAAAUGAUCUAUCUUAAAUUAUUAUUUAGAAAAAUGGAGGUGAAGAUACAUAUCUAUCAUGCAAGAUGCUUUGUGGCUAAUUAAAUGAUUAACUAUUCAAUAUAUUCAAAGUUUAAAAUAGUAAAAAAGCACUGGUGAGUUAAGUGUAUGAGAAACAUAGCAUUGUCUAGAAAUUAACUAAAAUUUGAGCUCUGAAUAUUGCAAGAUAAGCUAUUAAACGCCAAAUUCUGACUUCAGAUUGAUGUGCACAGCUCUCAUUGAAUGCACUGAGAACUGCAUGCGUUCCUCAAAAGCCAGAAUAUGGCUGAUCAUUUAUUAUAUCAAUGAAACUGAUCUUUUAAAUUUGACUGCAAAUUUUCAGCUGCUCUGCAUAUUUUUACAUAAGUUGCAGGUAUUUUUCACCUCAGGCUGGUACAUUUUUCUUCUCUGUUUGUUUGGAAUCAAAGUAUCUUUAAUGAAGUGAAACUGCCUAUCCAUUAAUUUAUAGCUGAAAAAACUGGUAAUUAAAUUCUAUUGGGGUAGUUAUAUUAGUGGCAAACAUUCCAAAGAUUUAUACUGAGGGAUCCAACUGUAUUGUUAAAAAUGAACAAAUCACAAAUUGCUAUAAUAUAAUCCUAAUGGAUAUAUUUUCAAAGAGUUUUCAUGUGAUUUUAAUCAUUCCAUUUCUACUGCAAACAUAUCCCACAUGGAAUAAAACAAAAAAUUUAGCUCAACUCUACAAUAUGUUGCAUAUUCCCAGUGCUUAGGCACACUGACACCCGCUAAUGAGGAGUACAUCUCAUGUUCACUAGCAUUUGAGGAUUUUGGUACUUUCCAGUUCUUGUUCUUGAGGUGGAAGAGGGAAAAUGCCGUUUGUUUGUUUGUGGGUUUUUAUUAAGCAAAAGAAUAAUGGCUUAGAUUUCUUUGUGUUUUAUUUAAUUUGUAUAUUUAAACCUUUAAUUUAAAUUAAAGGAUUAAAUUGAAAAUGAAAAAUAUUUAAUUCAAACGCUUGAACAGUUAGAACUCUCUAUGGCUUUGAUGUUGCAUAGAGAUUGAAUCAUAUGUUUAGGAUUGUUAAACUGAUGACUUCACUAGUUUAAACUUUUCCUCUGUACAAGCUUAGAGCAGAAGGCAUAUGCUAGGCUUGUGUUGGAAUAUGGGUUGAGAUUGCAGCAAUUCUUGAAAACUUCAUAAGAAAGUCUGGUAUGUUAAAUCCCUCUCAAUGAAAACAGCCCUUUAAUGAUCACAUUACAUUUUAAAUAUAUUAUACUUUACACAAUUCAGUAGUCAACACAAUCUCCUAGAUUUCAAAUUGUUUCACAUUAAUGGGUGCCCUCAUGAGGAAGGAGAGACCAGAUCUUUAGCUGGUGUAAAUUGUCAUAGCUCCAUUGACUUCACUUGAGCUACAACAAUUUACCCAAGUUGAGGAUCUGGCCCCUUAUGCUAAUAAGCUCCUUACUCCUCACACUAUGCUCUGUCUGUCUCACCCCUCCUGACUGCACACAGCCCUAGAAGUUAUUCCUUUGUGCAGCUCUUUGUGCUCAGGGGCAGCUUGUCUGCAUGUCCCAGAGAGCUUAUGGAACUUUUGAGGGCCAUUAGCCACAGAGGUUCAUUUUGGGGUGGAUAUGUAUCAUAACAUGUUGACUUAAGUUAACUGUAAUAUUCUACAUUGUCAAGAUGUUAUGGUUUUCUGUUGAUGCAUGUGUAUAAAACUUACUUCGUUUAGGAAAUGACAACGCAAUGUAAUAUGUUUCUAUUUAAAUGUUUGAGAUACAUUUUCUCCACUUAAAAGAACACUGUCAAGGAAUGUUGAUCUUGUGUGUGUGUGUGUGUGUGUGUGUGUGUGUGUGUGUGUGUGUGUGUGUGUCUUCAUACAAUGAGUUUCACAUACAAUGAAAAUAAUUUUCUUUACCUUUUUCCUUUCAUUUGGUGAACAGAAAUUAACUUUUUUUUUACGAAUGAAUCUUAAACUAGCUGUUAUGGUUUGGCAUGACAGUGCACAAAAUUCUUAAGCAAGUUGAGCCCUUGCAAGGUGCUUAACAUUUUCAAUUUCUGUUGACAUCAGUGGAUGAAUAGGUUGCUAAGCACCUUUCUAGAAGUGUGAUCUUGCAGACAUUUACACAAUUAAGUAGGCCUAACAUGUGAGAAAGAGUCUCAUUUAUUUCAGUGUCACUGCUUGACUGAAUGAGGGUUUGCAGGAUGGGCCCAUAGUUUGUGACCCUACAUUUAAUUUAUUUUAACACAGGACUUCAUUUAAAAUAGCUAAAACAUCACCUGCAUACUUGUGUGCAAUUUGUAUGAGGCUUUCAUAGCAGUAUGUCUAGUUCAUGCACUUUAAUUGGUAUUUUUAACAAAUUGUGAUCUUGCAACUUAAAUGUGAGGCUGAUGAGAAGCAGUCUAGAAGAUGUUCAGGUUCUGAAUAGAACUUUUAAUCCAGCUUUUGAUCAGAAGAACCAGAGAAUUUUCAGUUUGCAAAAUAAGGCUAAUAAAUAUUUUGAAUUCAUAUCUACUGAUUAAUCAUAAUGCCCCUUAUGAAAUGUCUAAUAAAAGUUUUGCUCAGUUGUGAAUAUUCACAUAUCUCUACGCCUAUUUUAAUACCAAGGAGGUCAAAGCCUAUACAACAGCUUUUAAAAAAUCAUUGACACUGAAAUGUUUAUUCAAAAUUUCUUAUUGUAAUAGUUCCGUUAAAAAGAUAAUAAAUGCACUUCCCUGGGGAAGCAAUACCAAAACAAGUUUUUUCCAAAGAAUAAUUUUCCAGCUUUAAAAAUGAAUUCAGCUAGGUUUAAUUGUGGUGUUCUCCCUUCUCUUCUGGUUUUCUUUGGAUCAUUUUACUGUAUAUGUGUGCCUAAUGGGAAUGCUUUUCUAAUAUACCAUUUUGUAUUUCUUCUUAUUCUGAGUUGGCUCUUAGUCUAUUUAUCUAAGAGAAAAAAGAGUGAAGUCAGUGGCAUUAACUUCAGUGGAGCCAAUAUUCCAUCCUUGGUCUGUCAAUUACAUUGCACAGGUCUCAGAACGAUACCGUAUUUUGUAAAUUGUUCUGUAUUGAGUACAUUACAAUAAAGAGAUUGUCUUUGAAGUGAACUGUGAGGAAGGGCAAAUUGGUUACAAUACAUAUAACUUUACCAAGUGCUUUUAAACUAUUGUAUAUAAAAUACAGGUAGAAUUUUGGCAUUGGGACUGUGUAACUGUUCAAUGGUUUAAUGCGUUAAGAAGUGCUCUGAUUAUUCAGUGCUUGAUGUGCAUAAUCUAAAAUCCUAGCUGUGCAAGUUAGCUAUGGAGACCACUGUUUUGUGGCAGUUUUACAGUAUGUGCCUCAUGAUGAAGUAAGCAAACGAACAUUGCUCUAAAACACUCUUUCCAUAAGUUAUUUGGUGACAGAUAUAUAUAUAUAGAUAGAUAGAUAUUCCACUUGAUUCCUUUCAAGUUUAGUGGUGUAACAGGUGAUUUACUGUAUAAAGCUGUAAUAAAAUUAAGUUCAAAUUGC